UGCAUGUCAGAUGUAACGUCUCCUUCAUCAUUACUGUUGAUGCACAUUAGAAGACUUUCUGACUGGCUGUGCAGCAGGACUGGAUGUGAUGAUGGAUCACUCUUUUCUCUGUGUGCUGGGGUUAUUCUGGCUGUAUACACUCCUCUGCACUGGACACACUCAAGGAGCUGUUCUGACCAUUGAUCCUAACUGGUUGACUUUUUAUACUGGAGAGUCUGUUACCUUCAUAUGUGACAUGAAGGAAGGAACAAACACUGACUGGGAAUACAGAAUCCUCAAGGAUGGUCAGGAAUCCGUUACCUACAACUCACAUCCACUCUACGAAUUAACACUUUUACAUAUACGUUAUAAAGGUGAAUACCGGUGCUGUGGUCUUCUGAAGACUUCACAUGAUUCAAAGUGCAGUAAUAAGAUCUUUUUAAAUGUUCGGGAUAAACCCAGAGCAGAAGUGACAGCAGGAACAACAACCAUAUCAGUAGGAGGCAGCGUGACACUGAGCUGCUCUGUGGACAACUCUGCUGGAUGGAAAUACCAGUGGUUCAGAAGAACCUCACACACUUCUGAAUAUCGCCUUAAAACAAAUGAUGAACAAAACAGAACCAUCAGUGUGUCACAGGGAGGAAUCUACAGGUGUAGAGGAGAGAGAGGAGAUCCAGCCUAUUACUCUGAUAUGAGUAAUGAUGCCAGUAUUAAUAUAAUCUUUUCCAACCAGGUUGUUGUAACACGACAACCUGACUGGCCUCAGAUUUUCAGUGGAGAGAAAAUCACUCUGACAUGUGAGAUCCAGGGAGGAGAAACCACUGAGUGGAUGUGUGUAUGGAGACAUCUUGGGUCAAUUAUACCGCAGAUUUCCAGUAAACAGUUUACUUUCACUGUUUCUGAGCUCAGCAGUGGAGACUACCAGUGUCAGUGUGAACGCAGAGAUGACUCAUAUUCUUCAACAAAGUGGAGUGAAGCCAUCAGACUGUCAGUAUCAGAAGAUGAAGCCAAAGCCACUCUGACAGCAGACAGUUCAAUCAUACCAGCAGGGGGCAGUGUGACUCUGACCUGUUCUCUGAAGAUUCCUGCAGGAUUCACUUAUAAUCUGUACAGAAAUAAUCACAUCAAACAUUCUGAUAAACCAGGAGGAGUUUUCAAGAUCUCAGAUGGAGGCAACUACACCUGCAGAGGAUUUAGAAGAGACACAAACUUUAUCACAUCUUUCAGUAACACAGUCUUUAUUCAGCAAACUGUUUCCAUGAAGCCCACAGUGGUCCUGCAGCCCAGCUGGACUCUGAUAUACAGAGGUGAGACAAUCACUGCCAGAUGUGAGAUCCAGGAAGGUGGAGGAACUCAGUGGACGUAUGAAUGGAGACCAACCAGGUUAAAUAGACCUCCAUCAUCCAGAGAACACAGGAUCAUCAGAGUUACUGACAGUGGAGACUACAGCUGCCGGGGAAGAAGAGACGAGUUUUAUUUAACACAGUGGAGUGAUGUCGUCUCAGUAACUGUAUCAGCAGAUAAACCCCGGCCUGUCCUCUCUGUGUCUCCAUCAUGGCUGAGUCCUGGAUCCUCAGUAACUCUGAGAUGUGAGAUUAAACCUCCGUCUGCAGGAUGGAGGUUCUACUGGUAUAAAGCUGUUCCUGAUCUGUUAUCCAACAGCUACAGUUAUGAUCUGCUGCCUGGUAGCACUGCUGGGACUGAACAUGAUUCCUACAUCAUUCAUGGACAAACACACACAGCAGGAUAUGUGUGUAGAGCUGGAAGAGGAGACCCAGAGUAUCACACUGAUUACAGUGAAGUAAAGUUUCUCUGGUCUGCAGGUCAGUGUGUUUCUGUCCUCUCAGUGAGGAUCAGUUAUGUUUUCAGAUUCAACACUUUAUUGUCAUUGUAAUAAUAUUGCAGAGCUCACUUUCAUUCUAAUAUUUUUCU